GGAAGACGAAGCGCAGCAGCGCACACGCCCCGAAAAAGGCAGAAGAAACGCUGUGCCUCGAGCCAUCAGAUGCCCCACCCCAGCGUGUUGAGCUAGGAGUCGGACGGCGCUGCCGAGUCGGGGGGGCAUGGCAUCCAUAGCCAUACAUCUCCUUGCGGAGCCUGGGGCGGGGCGGUCACCACCAUGCCCAAUCCUAUCGCACCAAGGAGGACUCCGCCUCGUGCUCCUCCUAGUCUUCCCCUUCCUACCCACCCCUCCACGCUCCCCUUUCCUUCCACGGUCCCCAAUCCCUAGCCCUGCCCCUCUCCUCCGCUGCCGCCCGCCGGCUCUCUGCCCUCGCCGCGCCCGGAGAUGCAGGUCGCACGCCGCCGUUACCGCUGGGUGAAGGAGUGGGUCCCGCAAGAUCUGGUCGUCGCCGGAGGCCCCUGCACGCUCUACAAGUGGGUGCGAGAGGAUAGACUGGCCGCUUUGAAGGCUAAGGACAAGGAGCAGGGAGCAGAGUCUGCAACGCCUGAACCGAACUCCGAGGUUCUGUUCCUGUGCAGCUACGAAGGAUGUGGGAAGACAUUUUUUGAUGCAGGGGCUCUUAGGAAGCAUGCUCAUGUUCAUGGGGAGAGGCAAUAUAUCUGUCACUAUGAGAACUGUGGCAAGAAAUUCUUAGAUAGCUCUAAGUUGAAGAGGCAUUUUCUUAUUCAUACAGGAGAAAAGAAUUUUGUGUGUCCACAUGAAGGUUGUGGAAAGGCUUUUUCGUUGGAUUUUAAUUUAAAGGCACACAUGAAAACACAUUCUGCGGAUAACUAUCAUGUGUGCCAGUAUCCAGAAUGUGGCCGAAGAUUUACACAAGAAUCAAAAUUAAGAGCUCAUAUCAGGCAACAACAUGAGAAAGCUGUUGGCCUGCAGAAUCCAGGUGCAUCGACAACGAACCACAUAGUAAUUGGAGAUCAGCAUCAGCCACCUAAGCCAGCAAAGGUCUCAGCAACACCUCCAGCUCCCUCAGCUGAGCGCCCUUACGUCUGCCCCUACGAUGGUUGCGACAAGGCAUACAUCCAUGAGUACAAGCUGAACCUCCAUUUGAAAAAAGAGCACCCCAACCACUACCAGGAUGGUGGCCCACGAGGCGCUGCCCCUUCAAAGCGCAACAUCUCGAAGAGUUCCCACAGGAGCAAGCCAGACGUCACCCCAAGGAUGCCAACAGCCAAGAUCCCCAAGCACAAAGGAGGGUACGUAGCACCGUUGCCAGCUGUGAACCUCCCUGAGGAGCAGCAGUGGCCAAGGAAAGGGAUGUACGAGGUUGACAGCGAGGAGACCGAGGAAGAGGGGGACAACAAUGUCGAAGAUAGAUGGAACUACAACAGGGCUGUUAGCAGCGACGACGAGGAAACCGAAGACGAAGAAUGAGCUGCUAGCAGGCAUUCGUUGUACUGUAGUUGUGCAAUGUGCAUAUAUACCAUAAUUUUUAAACUUUGGGGGGGUUAUAGCUUUUGCAUACAUGUACAAUUUUAAAAUAAGGCUAGCUUAUAGUAGACAACAGAGGUAGCUGGCCUGCCCCUUCUUCUUUAGUAGACAUGCCACGAAUUGAGAAAAGAUAAUGGAUCGUUGUUCCGGUACGCUUGUGUUUGUGUCUGAGCCUUUUGGUUUGUUAUCACAAAUGAGUUAUCAGUUA